AAUUAUUUGUUCAAAGUUGGCAGCUCUCCAAUUCAAGUUAGUGUUAUUACCUACAAAAAGCAUUUCUCUCUCCCUCUCUCUCGGCAAACACAUUCUCUCUCUCUCUCUCUCAGUCACACGGAGUUGUUUUCCAGAUGAAGGGGAAGUUGGUGGCAAGUGGAGUUGGUCCGAUGAAGUACGGCGCGAGCUUCUACAUCAUCACCAUUAUUAUUAUAGCAAUUGCCAUCGCCGACCAGCAGCUUCUUCCGGCGGCUAGAGCUCAGACCACCGCCACUGUUGAUCCCACUGAAGCUAGGAUUUUGAACUCCAUAUUCCAAAAAUGGGGAAUUCUGGCCAACAAUCUGCAUUGGAACUUGAGUGGACAACUGUGCACUGGCUUCGCCGUCGAUUCUACCAGCAUGCAAGACACCGCUUACAAUCCCGCAAUCAAAUGCACUUGUUCUUCCACCGUUUGCCACAUCACUGCCCUGAAAGUUCAGGCGCUAGACGUUACUGGUGGCAUUCCAGAUGAACUUUGGAACCUAACUUCCAUCAAUGAUCUAAAUCUUGGCCAAAAUUACUUGAAUGGCACACUGUCCCGCUCUAUUGGAAAUUUGCGUCGUAUGCAAUACCUAAGCGUAGGCAAGAAUGCAUUGUCAGGGGAGCUUCCAAAGGAACUUGGAUUGCUGACUGACUUAAGAUCCCUUUCCAUUAGCACAAAUAACUUUUCUGGACUUCUGCCAUCGGAGCUUGGAAAUUUGAAAAAACUAACACAACUCUAUAUAGAUAGCUCUGGUGUUAGUGGACCUAUACCUCCAUCAUUUGCAAAUCUACUGAACCUAGAAACAGUGUGGGCUUCAGACAUUGAGCUUACAGGGAGGAUACCUGAUUUCAUUGGGAAUUGGUCAAAGCUUACUACCUUGAGGCUUCAAGGAAAUUCAUUUCAGGGCCCAAUUCCAUCUACAUUUUUAAAGUUAACCUUAAUGCUUGAUUUGAGGAUAACUGAUCUUUCGAAUGGGAACUCUUCACUGGACUUCAUUAGGAAUAUGAAGAAUUUAAGCAAACUAGUGUUGCGGAAUAACAAUAUUUCUGGUUCCAUCCCCUCUAAUAUUGGAGAAUAUCAGAGCUUGUCUCUGCUGGAUUUGAGCUUUAACAAUUUGACAGGACGUGUUCCAGAUCAACUCUUCAAUCUUAGUUCACUCCAAAAUUUGUUUCUUGGUAGUAACAAGUUAACAGGUCCUUUGCCUUCACAAAAGAACCAAAGCCUACUGAAUAUAGACUUAUCAUACAAUGAAUUAUCUGGUAGCCUCCCUUCUUGGACUGGUGGACGAGGUUUACAACUAAAUCUCAUCAGCAAUAACUUUACAAUAGGCAGAUCUAGGGGCAGUGCUCUGCCUUCAGGAUUGAAUUGUCUUCAGAAGAAUUUCCCUUGCAAUCGGGGAAAACCCAUUUACUCUAGCUUUGCUAUUAAGUGUGGUGGUCAACAAAUUACAUCAUCUAAUGAGUUAGUGUUUGAGAGGGAUAAUGAGACUCUUGGUCCGGCAACAUAUUACAUGACAAGCACCGGAAGGUGGGCUGUUAGCAAUGUUGGACUGCCCUCUGAUAGCACUGCUCCAGAAUACACAGCCUCCAGUUUGUCACAGUUUACAAAUACUUUGGACUCUGAACUCUUCCAGACAGCAAGACUUUCAGCUGGAUCGCUAAGGUACUAUGGCUUGGGCUUGGAAAAUGGUAAUUACACUGUGACCCUCCAGUUUGCAGAGCCAAUAAUCCUGAAUCCUAAUCCUCCUUCUUGGAAGACUCUUGGGAGGCGCACCUUUGAUAUAUAUAUACAGGGCAAUCUAAAGGAGAAAGAUUUUGACAUUAAAAAAAUAGCUGGGGGAUCACUUAGAGCUCUUUCAAGGAAAUAUACUGUUCAUGUAUCUGAAAAUCAUAUGGACAUCCAUCUAUUUUGGGCUGGGAAAGGAACUUGCUGUGUACCUAGACAAGGGAUUUAUGGACCUUUGAUUUCAGCUAUUAGUGCAACCGCAGAUUUUCAUCCCACCGUUAGUAAUGAACCUCCCUUUGAAGAUGAUGAACUUCCCUCUGAAAAAAAGAAGAAUAGAACUGGCAUGGUUGUAGGAAUUGUUGUUGGAGUAGGAGUCGUGAGCUUUCUUUCUGUAUUUGCUGUGUAUUGUUUUGUUCAGAAAAGAAAAAGGCUGCACACAUAUGAAGAUGAAGAGCUCUUGGGAAUGGAUGCAAAGCCAUAUACUUUUACUUAUGCAGAAUUAAAAGCCGGGACAAGUGACUUUAGUCCUUCUAAUAAGCUCGGAGAGGGAGGAUUUGGACCAGUAUACAAGGGAACACUCGAAGAUGGGAGAACUGUUGCUGUUAAGCAACUCUCUGUGGUCUCCCGCCAAGGGAAGAGGCAGUUUGUGGCAGAGGUUGCAACUAUUUCUGCUGUCCAGCACCGCAACCUCGUGAAGUUGUAUGGUUGUUGCUAUGAGGGUGACAACCGGUUGCUUGUUUAUGAGUAUCAUGAAAACAAGAGUCUUGAUCAAGCACUAUUUGGACAUAGUCACUUAUACCUUGAUUGGCCAAGACGAUUUGAAAUAUGCUUGGGAGUAGCAAGAGGUCUAGCUUAUUUGCACGAGGAAUCUCGACUAAAAAUUGUACACAGAGAUAUCAAAGCCAGUAAUAUUCUACUCGACUCAUACCUCAAUCCCAAAAUCUCAGAUUUUGGGUUGGCGAAGCUCUAUGAUGAUAAAAAGACCCAUAUGAGCACCCAUGUUGCUGGCACAAUUGGGUACCUUGCACCGGAAUAUGCCAUGCGUGGCCACCUUACUGAGAAGGUUGAUGUAUUUAGCUUUGGAGUGGUUGUCUUGGAGAUUGUCAGUGGUCGUUCGAACUCUGACUCCAACUUGGAACAAGAUAAGAGAUAUCUUCUUGAAUGGGCUUGGCAUCUCCAUGAGAAUAAUAGCGCUGUUGAAGUGGUGGAUGAAGAUCUACUAGAUUUCAACGAGGAUGAAGUGAAACGAGCGAUAGGGGUAUCGCUUUUGUGCACCCAAGCAUCCCCAACAUCGCGGCCAUCAAUGUCCCGUGUGGUAGCGAUGCUUUCAGGAGACGCUGAAGUACCAACCGUAACUUUAAAGCCCAGCUUCCUCAUUGACUGUAAGUUCGAUGAUAAAACUAGUUUGCUGCAGUCUAUUAUUCUCUGUUCCCAAACGGCAGAUGAAGGUCCAUCAGUGGUUACUACAAGUGUGGCAGCAACAGAUUUAAAUUCUUCACCGUUAGAUAAUCCUUCCAGGCCUAUCCUUCAUGAGAUCAUUGGAGAUGGUAGGUAGGCAUGUGAUGCCAUCAAAGUUUUUGCAAUCGCAUUGCCUGCUGCAAUAUAGGUUUGCCUUUCACCAAUGAUACUUAUGUACUAGUUUUUGUUACUAUUGUGUAUGUCAUGGGCAGUGGUCCCGCGUUAUAGUACAGGUUCUUUUAGGACAUGUAUACAUACAUUGAUGGUAUUUUUAGGUGUUUUAUCACUAUUAAAAUUAAUAAAGGAACAGUUUUGCUCGCACUUUGC